AUGUCCCUUCGCCUUCUACGCCGCCUCCUCCUCGUUGCCCUACUGCUAGUGAUUGUCUGGACUCUCUUUGGGCCCUCCGGCCUUGGGGAGGAGCUGCUGAGUCUCUCGCUCUCAUCCAUGCUUCCCGCUCCUGCCUCGCCUGGACCGCCCCUGGCCCUGCCCCGCCUCCUGAUUCCCAAUGUGGAGGCGUGCAGAGGGCCGGGCGCCCCUCCCUUCCUGCUCAUCCUGGUGUGCACCGCCCCAGAAAAUUUGCACCAAAGAAAUGUCAUCCGGGCCUCCUGGGCUAAGAUACGUGAGGUCAGGAGGCUGAGGGUGCAGACUCUCUUCCUGCUGGGUGAACCCAUCCGACUACAGCCCAGGGAUGAACACGGUCUGCAGAGUGAGGCUGAGGCCCAAGGAGACAUCUUGCAGGCAGCCUUCCAGGAUUCCUACCGCAACCUCACUCUCAAAACCCUCAGCGGACUGAACUGGGCCAAUAAGCACUGUCCCAUGGCCCGUUACAUCCUCAAGACGGAUGAUGAUGUGUAUGUCAAUGUCCCUGAACUGGUCUCAGAGUUGGUCCGGCGAGGUGGCCGCUGGGAACAAUGGGAAAGGGGCACGGAGCCCCAGAGCUCAGCUGCGGUUGGAGAUGAAGAGCAGGAACAAAGGGGACAAGAUUUGGGGAGUGACCCGGUACCUCUGCUUUACUUGGGCCGCGUGCACUGGCGAGUGUAUCCUUCUAGGACCCCCGGGGGGCGCCACCAAGUGUCAGAGGAGCAGUGGCCUGGGGCCUGGGGCCCCUUUCCACCCUAUGCCUCAGGCACAGGCUACGUGCUAUCAGCUUCUGCUGUGCAGCUCAUUCUGAAGGUGGCCAGUCGGGCACCCCUUCUGCCACUGGAGGAUGUCUUUGUAGGGGUUAGUGCCCGCCGUGGAGGCCUUACCCCAACCCACUGUGUCAAGUUGGCUGGUGCCACCCACUACCCCCUGGACCGGUGCUGCUAUGGGAAAUUCCUGCUGACUUCCCACAAGUUGGACCCCUGGAAGAUGCAGCAGGCCUGGAAGCUGGUGGACAGCCCUGAUGGGGAAAGCACUGCACCCUUUUGCUCCUGGCUCCAAGGAGUCCUGGGCAUCCUGCGGUGUCGAGUAAUAGCCUGGCUUGACAGCUGA